AUGGUAUUGUCAUCAAUAAAAGGUUUACCAAUAGAAUGUAUAAGAACUUUUAAUUCACAUCAAGGUCCCGUUCAUAUAGCCAGAUAUAAUACCGGUGGUGAAUACAUUUUAAGUGGUGGACAAGAUAGGACCAUUCGUCUAUGGAACCCUGAUUCUGGUUUAAAUAUUAAAACAUAUACUGGUCAUGGUAAAGAAGUUUUAGACCUAUCCGUGACGCAAGAUAAUUCUCGAUUCGCGUCAUGUGGUGGUGAUAGACAAAUUUAUUAUUGGGAUGUUUCAACCGGGACUACUGUUCGUCGAUUUGAAGGUCACAACCAGCGAGUAAAUGCAGUUUCGUUUAAUUGGGAAGGAACGGUCUUGGCGAGUGGUUCAUAUGAUACGACAAUAAGAUUAUGGGAUUGCAGAUCACAUGCUCGUACCCCAAUACAAAUUCUAGAAGAACCCAAAGAUAGUAUAACUUCAUUACAUGUGAUUCAAUAUGAAAUUGUUUCCGGAAGCGCUGAUGGUUGCAUACGUACUCAUGAUAUUAGAAAGGGGGCUCUUAUAACUGACUUGAUUUCGCAUCCUGUUACUUCAGUUCGUGUAUCAGGAGAUAAUAAUUGUAUCCUUGCUAGUUCCCUUGACAAUUCUAUUAGAUUAAUGGAUCGGGCAAAUGGAGGCCUUUUAAAUGAGUUUAAAGGUCAUAAAAAUGCUUCAUACAAAAUUCAUUCUUGUUUGUCAAAUAAUGAUGCUCAUGUGAUAAGUGGAUCAGAAGAUGGAAAAAUUUACAUUUGGGACUUAUUAGAAGGAAAUCUUUUAACUUCGUUCAAAGCUCAUUCCAACGUUGUUACAUGUGUUACAUUUCAUCCUAGAUACGAUUAUAUGAUAUCUACUAGUGUGGAUGGAACUGCAAAAUAUUGGAAACCACAAACUACUUAA